AUGCUGGGCGAUCUCUACAGUGCCAUAGAUGCUGGGCAUCUAACACACGUCAGGGAAGCUCUGCACGACCAGUCAACCUGGACACUUCUGAAUACGACGCGAGACAAAGAUGGCUAUACUCCGCUGAUAUUAGCCUGCAAGAAUGGAAACUCACGUAUCGUUGACCUCGUCCUGGAGAGCGGUGCGAAGCAAGAUGUUCUGGAUCACGCCGGCUGGACGGCGCGCGAACAUGCUGCCUUUCAAGGCCACCUUGAGGUUGCACGCCAGAUGAAGAGUCUCGAAAAGGAUAACUUCAUGGCGGGACCAGCCAAGCCUACUGCUACCGAACAAUACCGUAAAUUCGCAUUCGACCGAGACGAUGCCCAUAUCGUAUUAAACAUUGGCAUCACUCAGGUUAGCAAGGUCCAGCCAGUAAUUGAUCUAGCAGGUAUCGACACAGAAAAAGAUACAGCAGUUACGCUUGAUAUCUGUACCAAUGAGAACCCCGAGGAGAAGUACCAUGUCAAGCUCCCGUUGACUGGUGAUCUUGUUGAUAACACAAUGAUCUUUCCUGUCUCGAACUUGGCCAAGGCACGGCUCGUGUUUCGGAUAUUUCAAGAUAGCCACAGUUUGGCGAAGGAAAGGCGAUUGAUUGGUUGUGGGACGGCACUGUUGUCUGACAAGGAGAAUUGUUACGGUGUCAAUAGGGAGAGCCUUGUUCGGGAACACAUUGUGCCAAUCAUGAACACUUCAACAUUUGAAUGCAUGGGCACCAUCACUGUGACUUUCGUACUCGCGAAGCCGUACCCUCAUCUGAAGUCACGACAAUGGGAUAUCGUCCAGGCGCUCGAACCGCCACGACUUGUUGGCCAUAGAGGCUUAGGGAUGAAUGAUAACGGCAUGGACCGUUUGCAGAUUGGUGAGAAUACUGUGCAGUCAUUUAUUUCUGCCGCGAAGCAAGGCGCUACGUUCGUUGAGGUGAGCAUCCCGAAGCACGAUCGCACCGGACAAACUAACACUUAUGUACAAGUGACGAGAGAUCUGGUACCAAUCCUGAUGCACAAUUAUGCACUCAGUGAAUCCGGCACAGAUAUUCCUGUUCAUGAGCUCACCUUAGACCAAUUCAUGCAUAUUAGCAAGCAGCAAUCACUAGUAGGUGACUGCGUUCGGUCUGCACGCGAUGUCGAUAAGUUGCAGAACUAUUCGCGCCGCGCUCGCUCAGAAAGCCGAACCCUGUCGGAAGACACCAGUGAUGUCCAAAGGCGCAUGGAAUUCACUGUAGAAUACAUGCACAAAGGCUUUAAAGCGAAUACUCGAGGCAGGUUUAUUCAAGAUACCUUUGCAACACUGGAACAGGCUAUGCAUGACGUACCUAAAGAAGUCGCAUUCAACAUCGAGAUUAAAUAUCCGCGGCGUUUUGAGACCUUAGUACUGGAUCUUGCCCCUGUCGUCCUCGAACUGAAUACCUUCGUCGAUGCAAUCCUAGACGUGAUAAACACAUCUAUAAAGAACAAGAACCGAAAGAUCAUCCUUUCAUCUUUCACUCCAGACGUCUGCAUCUUGCUCUCUCUAAAGCAGAAAGCAUUUCCCAUUUUCCUUAUCAGUAAUGUCAGACAGCCGAUGGACGACAAAGAGUCUAGGUGCGCCAACAUGCGCGUCGCUGUGAAGUUUGCUCAAUGCUGGGGGUUGCAAGGAGUUGUAUUUUUGGGAGAAAUCUUCCUGCUGUGCCCGAGGCUCGUACACUGGAUCAAGAAUCGAGGGUUGAUCGUUGGGAGCUAUGGGUCGCAAAACAAUGACCCCGCGAAUGUUAAAGCGCAGUUGAAGGCGGGCGUGGAUCUCAUCUACACAGACCGUGUCGGGCUGAAUGCAAAGGUAUUGAGGGAAGAGUUUGGUAUGGGCCAGCAGACCAAGAUCUAA